CGUUGAUUCUCGAUUGGAAGCCAUACCAGUAAUCUGAUUCUUUUCACAGCAAGCAAUAUCCAUCAAUAUGGUCUCCUAUCUCGAUAUAAUGGCAGACGAAGCCAAGGAAGUGAAGUCGAUCACAUCCAAGUUCAAGAGCAAGGAGGCAGAAGAUGGCACAACAGUCACCGUAACAUUGAAAAAUGCGAUGACUUCAGUGACGACAAAUGAUGCCCUGCUUGAAGGUAUUCCGGUCCAAAGAAUGACUUCCAGGAGUGUUUGGAAGUCUCGUGUCAUCACAUUGUCGGACGACAAACAAGCAUUCUUCAUUACACACUCCAAAGUUCCAUCCGGCCUCACCUCCCAGCUGGCUUCAACCCUGGCUCUGCCAAUGUUUUCGUUGCGCAAAGGACUUCGCUGGUCCAACGACUCCGAACGAUUCAUCAGAUACCUAGACAUCGCUGACAUCGAUGGAUGGCAAGUGGGGGCCAUCGGAGUGCAAAAGUUGGAGAACGCYAAGAAGCCCAUCAGCGAAAGUGAGAGGGAGAAGCUCGUAACCAUUUAUCAUCAUGGAUUCAAAUCCAUGUGCUUUUCGAUUGCUGACGAGAAAAAUCGGCAGUAUUUGAUCGAAGCCAUCAAGGGAAUGAAAGCUMGAUACAACCUGAUGUACCCAUGGAUUAACAACGACCAACUCUUGCUCAGAUAUAUCUACUAUGAUAUUGACAAGGACAAGAACGGAACCGUAAGCGCUUCGGAAUUCCGCGCACUCUGCAAGCGAAUCAAUUACRAUGCUCCCUCAGAUGUAGGCAAGACCUAUGCGGAAUUCGCAAAAGAUAAGAAAGAAAUUUCAAUUCACCAGACGAAAGAUCUUCUGUAUGCUGUUGCGAUCGGAGAUGAUGUUAUGCCUGCCGAGGGUUUAUGGGAUAAACUCUYUAAGGAAGACAAACCUGUUGGACCAAAGAAAUUCCUGCAGAAAUUCCUUCACAAGUGUCAGGGAGAGUCCGAUCUCACCGAAGCGGAUGCAGAGCGAUUCAUUUUGAGCAUGAAGAGCAUGGGAAAUGGAAAAAAGUCCAAGAAGAUUACGAAAACAGAAUUCGUUCACUUUCUGCAYUCCAAGUACAACGCAGCGUAUGACCCUGCCGCAACUGCCCCGCUUUCCCCCACAACAAAGCUUGACAAGCCGCUUUCCAACUAUUGGAUCAAUACAUCCCACAAUACCUAUCUGAUGGGGGAUCAAUUGCGAUCGAAUUCUUCGGUUGAAGCGUAUCAAAAUGCUCUCAAUAGAGGUUGCAAGUGCUUAGAAUUUGAUUGUUGGGAUGGACAUAUUGACAAGGAAACGAAUGAAUGCGUACCAGUGAUAUACCAUGGGCAUACUAUAACAUCGAAGAUGCCUUUUAGGAACGCUUGUUUGGUGACCAACAAUUAUUUGAAAGCCAACCCRACAUCUUAUCCCAUUAUUCUGAGCUUGGAAAACCACUGCACACUUGAUUUCCAGAAAGUUAUGGCAAAAGAUAUGAAUGAAAUCUUCGGAAAGAAACUUUUCGUUCCAACGGAAAAGCAAUGUAAGGGAUCUGAUCUGCCUUCUCCAGAGAGCUUGCGAGGCAUGGUGAUCAUCAAGGGGAAGCGACCUCCCGAGCCGGACGAAGGAGCUUCCGUUACGCAAAACCUAGAAGACGACUACGAUGAUGGAUUCAACAGUUCUGACGAAGACAGUGGCGACGAUUCAGCUUCGAACAGUCCUGCCACAGAUACAGGGUCCAAGCAUUCUAGAACAGGAUCCAAGCAUUCUAGGAAGAAGGAGAAACCAAAAAAGAAGAUCCAAUCCGAACUUAGAAAAGUCACUCUCUUGCAUGGAGCUCAUUUCAAGGAAUUUGAAAAAUCGAUUGAUCAAAAUCCAACUACGAUGCAUUCGAUUGGAGAGACCAAAAUCACUAAGAUUGUCUCGAAAGCAGAGGAAAAUGCAGACAAGUGGCGUGAAUACAACCACCAUCACAUGACAAGAACUUAUCCCGCUGGCACUCGUGUGGACUCCUCGAAUUACAAUCCUGUCUUGGCAUGGGCAAUGGGUUGCCAAUUGGUUGCUCUAAACUUCCAGACUAGUGAUAGUAGUCUCCUUUUGAACGAUGGACUUUUCCGACAGGCAGGGGAGAUUGGGUAUCUUCUGAAGCCAUCGAGUCUAWUGGGCGGGCCGAAGCCGGGAAAGAAAACGGUGAAAAUCACUGUUUUGAGUGCACGCUGCAUCCCAAAACCGAACGGAGAAAAGACUGGAGAAUUGGUCGACGCUUAUAUUCAAGUAGAUCUGCACGAUGUUCGUGUAGGAGAAGAUGGGACUGAGGAGCAUGUGAAGGAAUCCAACAAAACUUCAACAGUCAACAAUAACGGGUACAACCCGGUUUGGAAGAAAGGAAAUGCUUUUACUUACGAAGUUCACAACCCAGAUGUGGCUAUGAUUCACUUCAGAAUUAUCGAUGAUGAUUUGGGAGUGGACGACAAAAUUGCCUCCUCGGCGGUCCCUUUUUCAUGUCUGCGAAAAGGUUACCGCAAUGUCCAACUAUACGACAUGCACAACUCUCGCACUGGACCCUUUGAAUCGUCGACUUUAUUUGUGAAGAUUGAGCACUAAGGCACCAAAAGCGUCUCUUUGUUUGUGUUUUGAAAAUGUUAUUGAURGCUGCUAUCAAGGAAUUACUGUUAGGGAAUUCCGUAUUUUAAACAAUUAAAAAAGGUAUGAUUU